CUUUUUUAAUUUCUUGAUUCUCUGUUUUGUGUGAAGGGGAUAAAGGAAUUUUGUGAGUGACGUAUUUUGAUGUUUUAGUGAAGCGAGCAGCUGAUAAUCUUGUUGCCCUUGUUCAAUGUGAAAAAUAGAAAAUUUGGAAUAUUGUGUAUAUAUUUUUAAUUUGAUGAGUUUUUUAUGUAAUUUCUGAUUUCAAGAUGAUACUUUCUUAUCUUGAUAUUGGAAAUGUAGUAAACAAUUGCAAUGCUGUCAAAUUUUGGGGAAUUAGUAUAAAUAAUGAUAGGUUUAAAAUUUCUUUGAUCAUUUGUAAUUGAAUAUGUUUUGUGAGUGGUUGUUGGAGGCUGAGUUACUCUUACGUUUGCUGUUGUUUUAGUCUAAUGAGAUGUUUAGUGUUGCACGUUUUUGGAAAAGUGAUGGUAUAACUGCCGAAGAGUUUCAUAGAUGUUCGUAUUGUGUGCAUUAUUAUCGUUGAAAUCUUUUGAUAUCUUCGUGGAUGAUGUUUUCAUGUGACAAUGUUAGAGCUACUGUAAAGCAGGCACGAAGUAGACUGAAUUGAAUAUACUGAGGCAGAUGACAGAUGUUUUACUUUUUGUACUUGAUGCAUUGUUUAAGGGAACUUAAUUUUUCAGUCUCCGGAACUCAUGGUGGAAGAGAGUUCAAAGCAGGAUACACUUAUGCUGGAGGAGAUUCAGUUGCAUACCAACUGGGACGAUGUCAUGUGUCCCAUAUGCUUGGACUUUCCUCACAAUGCUGUUCUUCUCCAAUGUGCAUCAUAUGAAAAAGGGUGCCGUUCCUUUGUGUGCGACACGGAUCAUUUGCAUUCCAAUUGUCUGCAACGCUUCAAACAAGCAAAUGGAAUGUCACCAGAAGGCAAAUCUCCAAGCACUGCUGAAAAUAUACAGUGUGUGUGUACAGAAUCCGAGAGCAAACCAGCCUGCCCCCUGUGCAGAGGAGAAGUCACUGGAUGGGUAGUGGUCAAUAAGGCUCGUAAUUGUCUGGAUGAGAAGAAACGUUGCUGUGAAGAGGAAAACUGUCAAUUUGCAGGUACUUAUUCUGAGCUCCGAAAGCAUGCCCAGGUGGAACAUCCUCAUGCUUGCCCUUCAAAAAUAGAUCCUGCACGCCAGCUUGAUUGGGACAAUUUCCAGCAGUCCGCUGAGAUCAUAGAUGUAUUAAGUACUAUUCAUUCAGAAGUUCCACGUGGAGUGGUUUUGGGUGAUUAUGUUAUCGAGUAUGGAGAUGAUCACUCUGGAGAUGAUUAUGAUGACUUCCCUGGGGAUGAGGGAAACUGGUGGACAUCCUGUAUUCUCUAUCAAGUUUUUGAUAACUUUAGGGCAUCUAGAAACCGAAGAAGAUCAAGAGUCAGUGAUUCAAGAAGAGGAAACCACCGUUUGAGUUUUGAUACUUCAAACUCUGAUGAGGGUUCUGUGUCGUCUGCGGAAUAUGCAGAUUACAGAGCUGAUGAGACUGAUGAUGAAUAUAUGAGUGCAAGGGCAUUAUCCAGACGAAGAGUUGCAGAACAUAGCUCUCGAAGGCGUCGCUCCCGCUUCUUUGACAACUAGGUAAUUAUGCAACAGAAUAGAUUCAUCAUAGGUGUGGAAUGGAAAAAUCGAAAAGUUCACAGAUCUCUGUCGGGCUGUUGACAAACAGUGGAUGAUGCCAAAACCAUAUUGGCAGUGAUGUUCCUCUUAGGUCACUUGUUUCUCAUACUUGGAUUGCAGGAGUGUCUGGUUUUAGAAAUUUAACGCGCUCCGCUUUCUUAUUAUUGUUUAAUUAUACCCCCUUAGCUUCUUAGAUGACUGUAUGUCUGAAUUCAGCUACUGCUGGAAUUUGUAUGUCAAUGGAAACAAUGUUCAUAAAUGUAUCAUUUCAUUUUAUUUCA